AUGGCUGAAUACUGGAAAUCAGCUCCUCGCUUUUGGUGCAAACAAUGCAAAAUAUUCAUUCGAGACACGCCCUUCGAGAAGACCCAGCAUGAAGCGAGUCCUAAACAUCAAGGAAGCCUAAAGCGCUUCCUUCGAGAUAUCCACCGCAACAACGAACAGCAACAGCGCGAAUCUCAGCGAGCCAAAAGUGAAGUUGAACGAUUACGGCAAGCUGUAUCCAGUGAACCCUCGAAAGAUGAUCCGAAUGCCUCGGCGGCGCCAUGGAAGAAGCGGGCCGCGCCAGUGUCUGAUGCUGCCAGUCGGCCCGUGAGUCUUGAGGAAAGAAAGAAGCAGAUGGAGCAGCUCGCUGAAAUGGGCGUGGCAAUCCCCGACGAGUAUCGCGGGGAGAUGGCUUUGGCUGGAGAAUGGCAGACGAUGUCGGAGACAAAAGUUGACGAGGCAGAGACCGGUGUCAAAUCAAUUGGAGUCCGGAAACGCAAACUUCAAGGCAAAGACGAUGAAGAUUCAGAGGAAGAGUUCACCAAUGAAUCCGCGCGGUUGGUGAGCAGAGGAUGGGGAUCCCGGAUGAGGUCUUAUCCUGGGACGCAGAAUGAAGGGGAUGGGGACUUGGAUGCUCUGCUUGCUUCGACCCAGGACCUGAAGAAAACCAAAGUCUCAAACACGGACGCCGACUCUGAUGGCGUGAAAAAGGAUCAGCCAGAGGCCACGACCUCACAGGCUACGAAAGAAGAGACUGCGAGAGACUCGAAGCUCAACGAGACCGACAACCCCUCGACUGUCAAGACAGAAGCUUCGGAAGAUCCAUCACCUAAUCUCGACGAACCAAAAACACCUGAAGAAGCGGCUGGUCCCAUCUUCAAGAAGCGGAAAGCCAAGAUUAUGAGAAAACAAACAGCCGAGCAGUCUGAUAAACAAUGA